AAGACAACUUGUCUGCGAUAUCACCCUCGGUGGAAGCCGGCGUUAAACAUUAUUAAUAGAGGAAGAAGAUCGCCUGCAUGUCUGGAUAACCUGAUAUUAAAUUCGACAGGGAUUAACGUCUUGUUUGUUGAGUCGUUUGUGUUUAUUCUGUGUUGUUACGUGAAAUGAAACGUCUGGAUGUCCGAUCGAUAAAACCCGUCAACUGUUGAACUACGUACUAUCUUUAGGGCGAUCAACCUGUAUUUAUUGAUAAUGUAUUGACUAGGAAAUUACAACGACAAAGAGAGAGAUAGUCAGGCGGAUCCGUUUGAUAAGCUCGAUAGAAACCAUAGCAAACAUAUGGUGUGAUCAUUGAGGCAUGACAAGCCGGUUGACAGAGGAGUGAACAACUUGAUAUAGAACGUGUUUAAGUUGAAAGGGCGGGCCUGUGAGGAUCUAAUAUAACCUGUAGUAGAACGACAGGUGAAAGCCAGGUUCGGGCACAUGUUGUGAGUCGAGUCAAGCAGAUUUAUAAAGAUGGCACCAAAAGCCUUUGGACAGUCGGUCACUACCACCACCACCACCACUACCACUACCCCAAGAAUGACCAAACAUUUAGACAAGGCAGCACCUAAAUCAACAACUGAUACCGAAUUCGUUAAAACGUCUAAUUUAAUUUAUGGAAUCCGGACAUGUAUUAUAUUAAUUAGUAUACUAGGAUAUUAUUAUAGGAACUAUUUACAAGUACCAGUAGAUCUAACAUGGCGAUAUCUAACUUCCGCUUGGUGGUUUCAAUCGGUGUACUUCGAGAGUUUCUUCGCCACUUUUUGCUACGUGGUGAUAAUACCCAUUUAUCCAUUUGCGUUCCAUUUUAUUAAAAGAUUUGAUAAAUACAAAAUCGAACCAUCUGUGAAUUACGUCCAUCAAACUGUUAUUGGUAUGAUAAUUCAAGGAUUUGUCUAUUUAGCGCCGCUCAUGCUCAUGGAUACCUUCAUGGUAAAGAAAUAUGUCGGAAUAGAAGCGGAAGUAUGGGAUGAGAAGCGGAAGUCAUGGAUACAAACAACACGAGCUCUACCGGAAGAAGCGCCAUCUUUGUUUCAGUUAAUCUUCCAGUUAAUUGGAAGCAUUGUGGUGUACGACGCUCUAUUUUUCUGCGUUCAUCUUGCCAUUCAUAAAAAUUUCUGGCUGUACAAAAAUCUGCACGCCGUGCAUCACGAUCACGAGGUCAUGAAUGCACACGUGACCAACCAGCUAUCCGUGAGCGAAAGGAUCAUUCUGAUUCUCUCGGCUAAUUUCUCUCUCAAGAUUUUCAACAGCCACCCUCUCACUCGGAUGGUAUUUGUUCCUACGUUUAUUUUCAUGCUUGUCGACAACCACAUGGGCUACGAUCUACCUUUGGGGAUGGAUAAAAUUGUUCCUUGGCAGCUAAUGGGAGGACCACGUAAACAUUAUCACCAUCAUGUACACGGUGGCGGUGAUUAUCAACCGUUCUUCUGCUAUCUCGAUAAACUCUUAGAAAAAAGAAGAAACCCCAAACAAUGUGAUUAAUUCUCAAGUUUUAUAGAAUAUACCAAUUCAUUAAAGUCGCUCAACGUCAUUUGAGAUUUUGAAGAAGCUCUUGCCAACGGCUCAAAAGGCACCACUAACUCUAAUCUUCCCUGAAAUCUGUUGAUGAGCCUCUUUUAAUCCGAUUGAAUCAAAGCAUAUAUUUUGAUUUUAUUUUCUGGAAUGAAAUGAAAUGGAUUUUAAUGGUUAAUGAAGACGGAGAUUUUAUUUUCUUAAUUAAAUUAAGUGCUAAAUAAUUAGUUAAGCCGUGGAAAUAUUUAGUAUUUUCCUAAACAUUCAAAUGACGCACGGAGACUUUAAUAUUGAAUAUCUAACCCAACAGCUGUGAUAUUUCAUAGACAUUUUAUUAAAGUUUUAUUUUCUUGUUACAUAAAUGUUCAUUUUCGCUCAUAAAAUGAAAUGGGAUUUAGCGCCCGACUUGUCUGCAUUCACUGGGCUAAUGAAGACCGACAUACCCCAUACAGUGUUCUAUGGGGUAAAUUCUAACCGCCAUUGAUUCUUUUACGUACACAGGACCUCGGUUUUUAAGAAAUACUGCAAUUCGAUUGGCUGAUCAGUAAAAUCAAUUUGCAUAUAUCCAAUUUGCAUAUUGGUCAGCCAAUGGAAUUGCAGUAUUUCUUAAAAUUUCGAUUGUAUCUUAGUUUAAGUUUUCGUGAAUAAGGGCCCUAGACAAUAAAGGAGUCCUUUUAGAGUUAUCUCCCCCUUCAGUGAAAAUGUUCAUUCUCAUAAUGUUUAUGUCGUUAUGGAGUUUUUGGAACAUGUUAGAAUUUAUGAACUUUUUUGAUAUUUCCUUUUAAAACCUAGGCAUCAGACCAAAUAUGCCCGUUCCGAACUGCUUGACUGUAAACAAAAAGCAUCUUGUGUCCGUGAUUUAUGGCAAAUGGCAAAUCCUACUGUAAUGACGAGGUUCGGCGCAGGUAAGGUAAAGCGGUAUUUAUGGCGUUUGAUAAUCCAUGUACUAUCUAUACUAUUAUACCUCAACAUCGAAUUGUAGAUAAUAUUAGUGAUGGACCACGUAUCUGCAGCAUAAUCAAGUUCAUAUUUUGAAACUAUUCUUGGUUGAGGAAGGGGUGGGGGGGGGGAACCAGUAGCGACGUUAGCAUAAUUAAGUCUGCUGUAAUGGUUGGGCCGUUACUGUUUAAGAAAAAGAAAUUCAAUGGGGUGAAUACUUAUUAUAGUAUUGUUGGGUGCCAUGGUAAUAUUCCAGGUACUCGACUGUUCUAUGUCAGUCUACUGUAAUGGUUGGGCCGUUACUGUUUAAGAAAACGACGUUCAAGGGGUGAAUAGUUAUUAUAGUAUUGUUGGGUGUUAUGGUAACAUUCCAGGUACUCGACUGUUUUAAGUAAUGUUUUAUCGUAGUUUAUUUUAUUCUAAACCAUAAAUUUGUUAUUGUUUAUUUUAAAU